UAAAAAGUAAACAUGCGCAUAAAUCAUCAAAAUAUUUAGUAUUAUUAAGACAUCCUUUAUCGUUUCAUUUGCCUACAUUUAACUAAAGUGACACGCAAACAGCUGAAGUAACAUAUGGAAGUAAUUUUAAGACAUGAAAACCUGUAAUUAGUGAAAAUCGAGCGAGUAAAUUUAGAGAAAUGGCUGGACCAAAGUAUAAAAGAAUCCACAAAGAGGAUCCCGAUUCGUCGCAUCACCAAAUGUACGACGAAGAGGCGUUUCGGGAGUCGGGCAAAGUCGAAAUUAUCACGACAGCGAACGAGGGAAAUGCAAUGCACGGGAUCGGAAAGAGAGAUUUGCUUUGUUACACGUCUUGCAUCACAACAGCUGUUAUCACGUCGUACUUUGUCUUGUCAAUCACACUCACAUUCUACAAUCAGUGGAUCUUUAAACGCUUCAAAUUUCCUCUUUUCGUGACUUCAUAUCACCUGAUAACAAAAUUUAUCUUGGCAGCGAUCGUUCGUUUGCUCUACAAAUGCAUCACCGGCAAGUCUCGCGUCAUGUUGGAUUGGAGGACUUCCGUACAGAAAAUGGCUCCCACUGGAUUGUGUGCCGGCAUCGACAUCGGAUUUAGUUCGUGGGGUCUGGAACUUGUCACAGUGUCACUUUAUACGAUGACCAAGUCGACGACAAUCAUUUUUAUCUUAAUUUUCGCCAUCGCGCUCGGUUUGGAACGGAAAUCUUGGUUCCUGAUGGCGAUUGUUGUCAUGAUUUCGGGCGGUUUGACAAUGUUUACGUACAAAUCGACGCAAUUUAACCUCAUUGGGUUCUGUUUGAUCCUUUUCGCGUCCUUUAUGAGUGGCUUCCGAUGGAGUUUGGCACAACUAAUAAUGCAAAAAUCCAAAUUGGGACUUCACAAUCCCGUCGAUAUGAUUUAUCACAUGCAACCAUGGAUGAUUUUGAGCAUUUUACCCAUCACGGUGAUCUUCGAAGGACGAAAACUCGUCGAUAGCAGCGGUUUUUUGGAUUCCCUGCCACAAGACGUCAUCAUGGAAUGGGUGAUGAAACUCUCGGCAGGCGCUUUUAUUGCAUUUAUCAUGGAAUUGUCGGAAUUUCUGACACUUUCGUACACUUCCAGUCUCACGCUGAGCGUCGUGGGGAUCUUUAAGGAGAUUUGUCAACUUGUGCUCGCGAUAGAAUUCAAUCAUGACUCGUUAUCGCUCGUAAAUGUCCUUGGAUUGUGUUUGUGUCUCGGCGGCAUCGUCUGUCACGUGCUAAACAAAUAUUGCAGUUACGCCAAGGCACAAGAAGAAACGUCGUCAGUAUGCUACGAAACGUAUCCACGUGCCGCACGUCGUCAAGCUGGCACCAGUAACGAAGCCUCGCUGCUCGAAAGUGAAAAUUUCGACAUUUCCGAGACCGAUGACGAGAACGAGAACGAAGAUUCGAAUGUUAUUUACGAUGUUUUGAAGCGUCGAGACCCCCGCAGAUAGCAAACGGACGACGAAACGGACACCUACUAAGAAAUUUUGUGAUUUUAUGUGAAUUUCCUACUUUAAAACCUACUAAUUGUCGCUCAAACCUUUGCGAACUUUACAUUCCAACACUAUGGUCUGACCAAUUUUACGUGCGCGUCACGUAUUUAUCAAGUAUUGUUAACUUAUUCAAACUUUCCGAAACACUUGCGAGCGUUUCCUCAACAAAAAAACAUAUUUUUAGAAACUUAUAACGAAAUGUGGACUUAAAUAUUGACGUUUACAACUAAUAAAAUUAUGGAAAAAUGUUUUUAUUAAUUAU